GGAGCAGCGGGCGAUGCCCCGCACCGAGCCCAGCCCGCCGCUGUGCUGAGCCGGCGGCGCUGGCCGGAGCUGGACACCGGGACAUGCUGCUGGAGCCCCCCGUGACGCUCCCCGCGUGGGUAGGGGGCGGCCGGUGAGGAGCUGGAGCGCGGCGGAGGAGCAGGAGCGCCGAGGAUCCGGCUGGGAGCCAUGGGGAGAUGCAACGGGCGCUGCACGCUGGUGGGAUUCUGCUGCCUGCAGCUGGUCGCGGCGCUGGAGAGGCAGAUCUUUGAUUUCCUGGGAUACCAGUGGGCCCCCAUCCUGGCCAACUUCUUACACAUCAUGGCCGUGAUUUUGGGGAUUUUUGGGACCAUCCAGUACAGAUCCAGAUACCUCAUGAUGUACGCCGUGUGGUUGGUGCUGUGGGUCGGCUGGAACGCCUUCAUCAUCUGCUUCUACCUGGAGGUCGGGCGCUUGUCACAGGACCGGGACUUCAUCAUGACCUUCAACACGUCUCUGCACCGCUCGUGGUGGAUGGAGAACGGCCCGGGCUGCCUGGUGACACCGGUGCUCAACUCCCGGCUGGCGCCCGAGGACCACCACGUCAUCUCGGUCAGCGGCUGCCUGCUGGACUACCAGUACAUCGAGGUGCUGAGCAGCGCCACGCAGAUCUUCCUGGCGCUCUUCGGCUUUGUCUACGCCUGCUACGUCAGCAAAGUGUUCCUGGAGGAGGAGGACAGCUUUGAUUUCAUCGGCGGCUUUGACUCCUACGGGUACCAGGCGCCCCAGAAGACAUCGCACCUGCAGCUCCAGCCGCUCUACACCUCGGGAUAACCGGGAUCCAGCGGCGCCAGGACCCCGCGGAGCCACCAGCCCCUGAUGCCACCACGGGUGUGACGGUGCCACCACGGCGAGCGCCCGUCCCGUCCCCUCCUGCAGCCCGGGACACCCCAAAGCCGCACGGAGCCACUGGGCCACCCCCGGGACGGGGACACGGGGACAGCGGGGAGGUGGCAGCGCUCACAGGACACUUCAGCUGCUCCCAGCCCGGCUUUUCCUUGGAGCAGCGGGUGGGACAGGGACAGGGACAGGGACAGGGACAGGGACAGGGACAGGGACAGGGACAGGGACAGGGACAGGGACAGGGACAGGGACAGUUCCCUGCAGCUCCGGAUCUGGGCUCAGACUCGCUCCAGCAGGAAUUCUCCAGCCGCCCACGCUCGAUGGAGCAGCACGGAGGGGGCUCGUCCGGGACGCUCCGAGGAGUGGGAUCUGUCCAUCAGCAUCGCCCCGACCCCCGAUUUGGGGACACGGAGGGACAGGACCCCGAAAUCCCCCUGCACCCCCUCCUCCCACAUUUGGGGGCCUUGCUCCGAGCUGGGAACAGCGACGCUGCGGCACAGCCCCUUCCCAGCACCCGAAUGGAUCUGAUGAAUGUUUGGGGUUACUUUGGUUUGGUUUUUUUUUCCAAUCAUUUCUUUGGGUUUUUAUUUAAUUUGAAGUGCCUGAGUAGACUCUGGCUGAGCCGGGCCCCCCCGAGGCUGACACCGUGCCUUCAGCAUCGCUGGGACCCCCCAAACCUCCCCAGGGCCGGGGGUCCCACCCUGCUCCCUUCAUCCGUGGGGGGCUCGGUGCCAAACUCCUCCCUCGGCUCCAGCGGCACGGGGGGAAGGAUUUUGGGGGGAAGGAUUUUGGGGGGUGUGGGAUGGUUUGGGCAGGGAUCGCUCUGCAGAAGGAAGAUCAGCUGGGAAGGAAAAGCCUUGGAAGGAACUGGAAGGAAAAAAAGGAGUUUCCUGGAGUGUCCCACGAGCUCCUCACUCUCCUUUCUGUGGGAUGCGGCUCCUCAGGAUCCUGGAUCUGCUCCGAAGCCCGCCCUGCACCCGUGGGAGCUGGGGGGUUUGGGUGGAUUUCACCUCCCAGCUGUUUCUCCUCCAGUGCCAGGGCAAUUUUUUACACCCUGGAACGUUUUUUUGUCCCUUCCCAAGAGGGAGCCCUGGAAGUGCCAGGGCCCAGAGCUGGGAUGGGCUGAGCCCCCCACAGCCCUCCACCACCUCCAGCCAAGCUGCGAACUCUACAGGCAAUAAUUUUUCCACCCUUUGCCCCUCUUUUUUCCAUGGAAAAUCGUGUUUUUUUCAGGCAGUGAUCCCCCUCAUCCUCCAGAGCAUAUCCCCAUCGCCAAGGCCUGGGGCCAGCAGCAUCUUUGGGGUUUAUUUUCCUUUCCAGGACCACGGGUGCUCCACUGAGCUGCUCUGGGAUGGGGUGGGAAGGACAGGCAGAGCUCCCCUGCUCCCAGCCCUUCCCAAGCCCAGCAGGAAGAGCUCAGUGGCAUUAAAGCUCUUGGGAAGAGCCUCCCCCGCUGGGCUCCACAGGAGCUGGGCACGGACCCCGGGACCUUGGGUGUUUCUGUUCCGUUGGCUUGGUUUUCUAUGAGCCCGUCUUUGUAACGUGAAUCGAUGAUUUCUUUUCUAUUCUGUAAUUAUAAAAGUCAAAGGAAA